GAUGCCUCAGGCCAUCAGGGUAGAGAUGCCACUUUUAAGUGGGCACGAGAUCGAGGGGUGGAUCUAACCAUGGACAGUAUAUCUCAGGUAAUCCACGACUGUGAGACAUGUGCUACCAUCAAACAGGCCAAGCGGGUAAAGCCCCUGUGGUACGGUGGGCGGUGGUCCAAGUACAGAUAUGGGGAGGCCUGGCAGAUUGACUACAUCACACUGCCCCAGACACGCUACGGCAAGCGUUAUGUGCUCACAAUGGUAGAAGCCACCACAGGAUGGUUGGAAACCUAUCCUGUGCCUCAUGCUACGGCCCGUAACACCAUCCUAGGCCUUGAAAAGCAAAUUCUUUGGAGGCAUGGUACCCCUGAGAGGAUUGAGUCCGACAAUGGAACUCAUUUCAAGAACAGCCUUAUCAACACUUGGGCUAGGGAACAUGGUAUUGAGUGGGUGUACCAUAUUCCCUACCAUGCACCAGCUGCAGGAAAAGUAGAGAGGGACCAGGUUGUACAUGGUGGAUAAUGCAGAGAGAUGGAAGAACACGAUGUGUACCUCAGGGAGAUCUGAUUGUUGGGUGAGAACUAUGUAUAACUAUCACUGUUUCCUGAAUACUGCUGCCAUUGUCUGUGUAUAGUUGUAUAUUAGAUGUAUAAUGUAUCUAUUUAUAGGGUUUGAAUAUAUAUAUUAGUUUUAGUAGUAAGCUGACGAUAUGGGGAUAAGGGGUGGAAUGUCCUAGGGUGGCUGUAUGAUGCCUUUAUCCCCAAUCGUCUGCCCUGUUUAUGUUGAAUAAUAAGUUCUACACCUUUAAGUCUUGUUCCAAGAGUGAAAGGAGGAGGGAAGAAGCUCAGGGUUUGUUUUCAAAAAACUCACUCCCUCCUCCACAUUCCUGCUCCGGGACGGUGUUGUCUGCGAACGGACGGAC